AUGCCCGGAACUAUUCCAGAUACAUUAGUAUCAUUGACAAUUGGUUAUCACUUCAAUCAAUCAAUCACACCUGGGAUACUUCCACAAUCACUUUGUCAUUUAGAGUUUGGUUCAUUGUUCAAUAAACCUCUCAUAUCGACCGAUAUGUUGCCCAGAUCACUGAUCACAUUGACAUUUGGACACCGCUUCAAUCAACCUAUUGAACACGAUACCUUGCCCACCACAAUCACAUCACUUACCUUUGGUACGAUGUUCAAUCAGAAUGUGGACUAUGCACUUCCACCAUCCAUCAAAUCUUUGAGACUAGGGCGUGACUUCCUGGGACAGCUAGGCCUAGUUCGCCUGGCAUUCAUCAACUCACUUGAUAUACCUUAUGAAGCCUAUUCACUCAUAGACGUCCUUCCACUAUCCAUCACCUCACUCACAAUCACAUGUGGCAUCAUUGAAGAGAUGCCAGACAUACCAGCGCAGGUGACUACAUUGGUGUUUGGAGAUACAGGACAAAUACCUAGAUUCCCAUUGGGAGUAUCAUUACAUCAAUCAACUACUUUGAAGUCAUUGACAUUUCGAUCAAAGUUCAACAGGGAGUUGGACAUCAAUGUGCUUCCUGCCAAUCUCAAAAAUCUGGUGAUGGGCGAUGCGUUCAACAAGUCCAUUCAGCCAGACUCGCUGCCCAAUACACUCAAGUCACUGAGGUUGGGCAAGUCCUACCAAGGUUCAAUGCUAAACUUACCAUCUAGUGUCAAGACAUUGACAGUGUACAAGUUGGACCAAGAUACAAUCAUACCCAUUCACAUUGCACAUCUGUUAGUUGCAUACAAGUAUUCAUCGAUUGAGUCCGUUCCACCAUUUGUUCAAGCAUUGACAUCAAUCACUAUUAAGAUUGGAAUGCAGAAGGAGUCUGCACCGACCAAUGACUAUGUCAAACACUUGCUCACAGUAAUAUAUCCAGGUGUAAAGAAUAUUAAUGUGGACUUGGUAUGUGAACUAUGUUUGAUUGAGACAUUGAACAUUAGGAGGAUGAAUGAUGGACGUGCAUGGUGCCAAGCACAACAUGUACACAGUCAUCUUAAAGAACAUUCCAAGAUAUAUUCGAUUGACAUGGGGAAUGAGGAGUCAAGGUCUUCAUCAUCCUCACCAUCCACAUCAUCUUCAUCCUUGAAGAACAUCAUACAAUGGAUGUCCAAGAAGUUAUUA